UAUGACUCGUUCUUCUGUAUCAGCACAAUGUGAUUUAUUUGCAUCUUAUAUGGAUGGAAUUCACGUUAAAAUUGCAGAAGCUUAUAAACCUCCAAGAAAAAUAUGUUUACCAGCUGCAUAUAAUAAUAAGCUACCAGAUGUAUCGAAAUUAACUUAUGAUUUCAAUUUGGAACGAUCAGUAUUGGAAAAGAUGACAGAAUGGCGGAAUGUUAGACAAGCAAAUAGCAAAGCUCGGCAUGCACGAUUAGAUGAGAAAAGAAAGAAACAAAAAAAUGAAUUUUCACCCCCACCACCACCUCCAUUACCUGAUACUUCAAAGCCUAUAAAUGCACCUGUGCCAGAAACAACAAUUCUUACUCCACAACCUUUAUCUCCACCUGCUAAUGACCUUCAAGAUCAUGUAAAAGCAAAUGGUCUUGAUUUUGCUGAUUUUGAUAAUGAUACAAGCAGUCCAUUUGACAACAUGGAACUAAAAACAAUCAAUGAUAUGGAAGAACUUGCUCAGGUAUUACAACCUACAUCUCAGUGGGUACCUCCAGCAAAAUUAGAAAGUUUAUUGAAUGAUUUAACAGUUAAUGAUAAAUCAAAAACUCAUAUACAAAAAAAGAAUGAUAAUGUCAAAAGUGAAACAACUGAUCAGAAAGAAGGUAAUGAACAAGAAAAUAUCAAACAUCGAAGUGUAUCUGCAAUUGUACAAGAACUUCAAAGAGAUUUAAAAAGACCAAUCUUGGAGGAUUGGAAACCUUGGCCAAAUUUAGAAGGCCCUGACACUAGCACUCAUGAAACAUUAAAGCAAGAAGAACCAAUAGUAGCAAAUCAAGUUGCACUUGUGAAUUUAUUAUUGGAUUUAACAGAAGAAGAUAAAAAGUUGGCUCGACAUUUGAACGACAUGGGUUUUCCUUUAUCGAGAGCUGCUCGUGCUAUACGCGAUUUAGGUGGUCAAGAUAAUAAAAAAAUUGUAGAGUAUUUACUAGCUGUUCAAGCUUUAGAAGAAAUCGGAAUUUCUGGGGAGGAUGCUGAAAAAGCUCUUGCCCUUACAGAAUACAAUCAAGAAAAAGCCAAAGUUUACUAUGAAAAUCUAUGUAUCUUACGAGAUUUAGGUUUUCCUGAAGAAAGGGCAUCUGCUGCGCUUUUAAAAUGUAAUAUCGAUCGUGAUAGAGCUUUAGAUCUUCUCAUAGCUUGAAUGUGAAAUUAUAUAAAAAAUAUUCAUAUGGUCUAAACAAAUUGUUCACUAUAUGAAAGAUAUAAAUUUUCUUAAUAUGCAAAAUAAUUAAAAAAUGAAGUUAUAAAAAAACAUGUAAUUUAAAAAUGGUCGUGUAAUGAAUAAAAUAAGCAAUUCUUUUGCAUACUGAAAGUUUAAAAUGCUAGCCACUGUAAUAGAAAAUAAUAUGUAAAUGUUUUGAUAUUAACCCUUUGCAUUCCGUUGUGGCUACUAUGGCGAUAAAGGAGUUAGUAGCUUACUUAACAAUCAUACCCCAGCGGCGACAACGGAGUGCAAAGAGUUAAUUUAUACUGAUCAUUACUGAAAAAUGUAAAUGAUACA